AUGGAUGCAAAAGAAUACAUCGAUAACGACAACAAUGACGUAUUGGAAGAAGAACCAGCGAUUCAAUUGAUUGCUCCAGGCAUAGCGAGAAACUUAACACAAGAAAUAAUUAGCGGUAUCUUUUGCAAUGUAGUUAUAUAUCCACUACUUCUACUAUAUUUUGUUUUAACUUUCCAUUACGUGACUACAAAGGUUGUACCUUAUGAAUUCAUAGAUGAAAGGUUUCAUGUUGGUCAGACCUUGACCUAUUUAAAAGGUAGCUGGACUCAAUGGGACCCUAAAAUAACGACCCCUCCUGGAAUCUAUAUUUUGGGCUUGAUAAAUUAUUACUGUAUAAAGCCCAUUGUUCGGUCAUGGAGCACACUGACUAUAUUAAGAUUGGUUAACCUACUUGGUGGAGUCAUAAUCUUCCCCAUCGUAGUGCUCAGGCCAAUAUUUCUUUUCAAUGCAUUAGGGUUUUGGCCCGUUUCAUUAAUGAGCUUCCCGUUAAUGACAACCUAUUAUUACUUAUUUUACACCGAUGUAUGGUCUACAAUCUUGAUAUUACAAUCUCUCAAUUGUGUGUUGACAUUGCCAUUUGGCCCGGUAAAGAGUAUAUGGUUGAGUGCUUUUUUUGCUGGUGUAAGCUGCCUUUUCAGACAAACGAAUAUCAUUUGGACGGGAUUUAUCAUGGUCCUUGCUGUUGAACGCCCGGCUAUUUUACAAAAGCAAUUCAAUACACACGCCUUUAAUAACUAUUUGAAAUUGUUCAUCCAUUCAAUUGACAAUUUUUCCCACCUUGUCCUACCUUAUAUGAUGAAUUUUGUUAUAUUUCUCAUUUACUUGGUUUGGAAUAGAUCCAUAACAUUAGGUGAUAAGUCAAGUCACUCAGCUGGCUUGCAUAUAGUACAAAUAUUUUAUUGUUUCACAUUUAUCACUGUUUUCAGUAUGCCCAUAUGGAUAUCUCGUAAUUUUUUGAAGUUGUACAAAAUAAGAAUAAAAGCGAAGCCAGUAAGAACUUUUUUUGAGUUUAUUAGCAUCAUGCUGAUAAUUAGAUACUUUACAAAAGUUCAUCCAUUUUUGUUAGCGGAUAAUAGACAUUACACGUUCUAUCUUUUCAGAAGAUUGAUUGACAAUGAUAGUAGACUAAUCAAGUACUUUCUUAUGACCUCAAUCUACCAUUUCUCUAUUUUUACAUAUCUCGAAGUGAUGAGACCCAACCAGCUCACUUUUCAUCCUAUCACUCCACUUUCGAUCAAAGAAUCUGUACAUUUACCUAUUCAACUGACACAUAUAUCAUGGACGGCCUUAAUUAUAUGUACCAUGAUCACUAUUGUUCCAUCCCCCUUAUUUGAGCCUCGCUAUUAUAUAUUGCCCUAUUUCUUUUGGAGAAUAUUCAUUACCUGCAGCUGCGAACCCUUAAUACAGAAUUUAGAGCCUGCCAAGGAAGGCGAAAACCCCAUAACUAUAAGCAGUACGAAGAGACUGUUUAUGGAAUUUUUAUGGUUUAUGCUCUUCAAUAUUGUGACUUUAGUUAUUUUUACGAAGAUCUCAUUCCCAUGGGCUACCGAGCUUUAUUUACAAAGAAUCAUAUGGUGA